AGCGAUUCUCUUUCUGCUGUGUUCAUAAACGUCGUGUCUGCGGAUAUUUGAGUGCUAUUUGUUGGAUAAAUUGAUGUGUGUAUCGCUGAAUUGGAGGUCAGUGUGGACCUGUGAGUAAUUUGUGUUUGUGUUGCUGUAGAAAGUUUUGUUGAACCGACAUGUGGAGCUUCGGCCGCGGCGUCCUUCAGGAUUUGCUCAGACAAGUAGCGGCUGUCAGGAGUUUCUCUCUGAGUCCCGCUCAGCACACGGUUAUCGUAGAGCGAAUGUGGSAGGUCCCUCUGUCUAAACUGGGCCGUGCACCGAAGCUUCAUCCUCGAAGACACAGAAUCUACAGACUGGUCGAAGACCUCAAACGUGCUCCCAGGGUGGAACUGGAGCUCAUCCUGACUCAGCCUGUAAAAAAACUUGGCGAGAGAGGUGACACUGUGUUUGUGAAAAAGUCUUUUGGUCGAAACAAACUUCUGCCUCAGGGCCUUGCUGUGUACGCUUCACCAGAGAAUCGACAAAUGUUUGCUGAGGAGCGGAGAAAAAUGCGUGAGGGAAGUCCAGAGGAGAGAGUCCAAACCCGAACAGCACAAAUGACUGUGAAGUAUCUUACACGCUACAAGCUGGAGAUUACCAAAACGUCUGAUGAAUUCCAGCUCACUAAAGCUGUCGUCUGCAGACAGUUCGACAAAAAGUUGGGACUUGUUGUUCCACUUCAUGCAUUGAAUCUUCCAUUCGAGCCAAUUAAGGAGUUGGGCGAACACUGGUGUGAAAUUACUGURAACGGACUGGACACAGUUCGAAUUCCCAUGUGGCUGUUGCCGAACGAAGGCGUCUCUGCAAGCAGCCAGGAGGAGGCUGAGGCGGCGAGCGAAGCCUCCGUAGAGGAAACGACUUCAGGAGACACCCAGACAAGACACGACUCAACAGCACCACCAAGUGAAGGCCCAGAGAAAAAUUAGGAUUUAGAAUUUGACAUUUUUCUGAUUGUUCAAAGAUUUUUUAAUUCUAAGUCCGAGGUGUUUUAUCAUUAAAAAGCAAUGCAYUACUGCUGUUUAUUUGUGCUUAAAAUAAAAAAAGAAAAACUGUA